GUACGCAACAAGGAAAGUUACAACUUACAGCAAAGCACAGGUGUUUGAAGUAUACUGUAUUAUUGAAGUUUUUGAAGUUGUUAUAUUCUCUGCUAAACUUCCUGCUGCGCCGUUGGCUGCGAGGGCGGUGCAUGUAACUUGGCAUGGUGAGCAGAACCGGAAGGAGAGAGACCCCAUGCAUGAAAAUGUUGAAAUCCGAGGCAGAGAGAGACAGAGUUAUACAAAAGUUUCCACAGGCAUUCCACCCUGGGGCGACACCUUACGCUACAAAGACCAACUUUGACCCACAAGUCAGGAGUUGUUGUUCCUCAAGUAAAUCUGACAGGUUAAAGAUAUGUAAAGCAGUAGUUGUGGGUGAUGUUGCUGUAGGAAAGACAUGUCUAGUCAAUAGGUUUUGCCACAACCUCUUUGACAGAGACUACAAAGCCACUAUAGGCGUCGACUUUGAAGUUGAAAGAUUCGACAUACUGAACGUGGCGUUUAAUCUACAAGUGUGGGACACGGCCGGACAGGAACGAUUCAAGUGCAUAGCGGCGUCGUACUACAGGGGUGCUCACGUCCUUAUCGUCGUGUUUGACGUCAGCGACAUAGAAACGCUCGCUCACACGCAGCAAUGGCUCGAUGAAGCAUCUGCGGCCGCAGUGGAGCGCACUUGUCUUCCCUCGUCGCAAGCAAAAAGAUCUUGUGG